AUGCACUGCGGUGCUAACGUGAAUGCGAAGACCACUGACGGAUAUACCGCACUGAUCUGGGCCGCUCGUGGCGGUCACUUGGACGUCGUGCGUUUUCUCGCCGAGGAUUGCAACGCCGACAUCAAUGCCAAGGACCAGGACGAAAACACGGCGCUGAUCUGGGCCACUCGGGAGGAUUGCUUGGAUAUUGUGAAGUUGCUCGCUGAGCAACACAACGCUGAUGUGAAUGCCAAGAACAAGGACGGAUACACGGCCCUGAUGUGCGCUCUCGAGAUGACUGCGUCGACAUCAGGUCACGAGGCAGUCAAGCGGAUACUUAUGCCGCUGGUUUUGCCGACGGCCCUAGCACCAGUCGGUGCUUCUGAAGGAACCGCGAGCGGAGCCAAGCCGUCUACAAACCGAGCCUUUCGUUGUGCUAUCCCUGCGUCUGAGAUCGCACUGACCAGUCUCAGUCAGACCGGUGGUAUCGGGGGCGACUUCCACGCCAAAUGGCUUGAUGCUGAUGCGGUUGUGAAGCUCUUCAUACCGGACGCGGCUCACUCGGCAUUUGACGAUGAAGUGUGUCUGUGGCAACAGCUACGACACCCCAACGUGAUCAAGAUGCUCCUGAAGUGCUCCAAGGGGAGCCACCCUCGUUUGAGUCGGAUGUGUAUGCCUUGGGAAUGUGCAUUUGGUAAGCUGUGGAAGGGGGGAUACCAUGGGGUGAGGAAGACGGUCUACCAGACGUGCUAUCAAGACCCUCACAAACGCGCCAGCCUAUCGUCUAUUGUCUAUGAGCUAGAGCGUUUGGCAGUCAAAGAGAGCUCCAAAGCCUCCCAGCCUGAGCUCGAGCCCGCAAACUCCUUCGAUGAUUAUGAAAGUGGAAAGCUGACGGAAGCUUGGGAGAAACUGCAAUCGUACAUGGAGAAGUGUGAUAAUGUUGAGUACCGUCAAGCUUUUGACGAGCUCAAGAUCGUACACGAGCACCUAACAGCGUCAGCCCACCACUCAACACACUUUGCGCGAUUUGACACGCUGCUUACCGAGUUUUAUCAGACAGUCAAGAUGUCGCCCGAGCAAGUCCGAAUUAUGCGAUUGUCUUCCACUCGUGCCACUGCCUCCAGUAUGUACGCCUUUCAGUGGCGCAUUAACUCUCUCCGAGCGUCGGUGGGUGAGGCAUUGCACCCAUCCGCCAAAACGAAUGCGCAACGGCAGCAAUUGCGCAAUGAAGAGGCUGCUUUCUUCGUGUCAGGAAUGUCGGACACCUUUCUCCUUCUAAACGAUUUGAAGUCGGUCGAAGAGCGAUCGGCAUUUCUCAGAAUGUUGAAACCAGAGAUGGAGGAUCACGUGGGCAAGUACACUCCUGAGCAACAUGAGUUGAUGAAGAAGACGUAUGAAGACAUUACCAGUGCGCUUGGUGGUGACGAUGUGUCGGAGCUCACGCCCGAGUGGUUUAUUCCUUGGUACGAGCUGAUUGUUGACGAGUGGAAUUGUCUAGGCGAGGGUGGAUUUGGAAGCGUGCACCGAGCCAAGUGGCUGGACUCUGAUGUGGUGGUGAAACGAGUAACCUUGGUCGGAUCUCAUAGUGAGAACAAUACCUACGCGUCUGAUCUCUGUGACUCGUACACCUCUGCAUGGGACGACCCGUCAGCUAGCCUAGCCCAAGUCGAUACCGCCAAACGAGCGGACGCUUUGGCGAUGUUCCGCCGGGAAAUUGACAUUUGGUUUGGGUUUAGCCAUCCUCACGUCGUUCGGCUGUUCGGUGCCUGUCAUGUUGGAAGACCCUUCUUCGUCUGCGAGUACGCUCCCAACGGGACCAUGAUCAGCUAUUUGCAAGCACACCCUGAUGAAGUAUGCGUGAAGCUGCAUGAGGCUGCCUUGGGCAUUCAGUAUCUUCAUGCUCGCGAAGUUGUCCAUGGUGAUCUGAAGGGGAACAACAUUGUGAUCGGGAGUGACAUGAGGGCGAAGGUGACGGAUUUUGGGUUGAGCUCGGUCAUCAGCAGUGAUAACAAGGCGCAAGUGAUUUCAGGUGCUUGUUUUGCCUCGGAUAUGUACUCCUUGGGCAUGUGCAUCGUGGAGGCUCUGCGAGUUGUGGAGGCAGUGAAAUUGGGCAAAGACUCGCGUCAUUGUCUGCCGUGGUGCCUUCGUGACAUCAAUGUUAAAUACCACGCUACGCACGGCAAACUGCCGACUAGACCAGCGAUGUGUGAGGACAGUCAAUGGGAGUUGGUCAAACGUAUGUGUGCGUUCGAUCCAGAAAAGCGUGUUGAUAAACUGGCAACUCUGGCCAAUAUCAAAGAUAUAUCAAGUGAAUCAAGUGGCCUCGAUGACAUUUCACGGCUGAAUUCAGUGUCCUGGGAAUCUGUCGCCAAAGUAAUUGAAGCGGCGCAGCGAGAGUUGGAGCAACUGCAAGACAGUGAGAAUCAGCGCGACGAAGUGCAGUCGCUCUACGCUUCGCUGUUGGAAAGACUGGAACAGCUCCACGGGCAGAUUCAUGGCAGCCCGAAUGAAGAGCGUCGUGCUGCGUUUUGCUCACUGGUUGGUGACGCCGAAGAUGCCAUAGCGAAGCUGCCGGACAGAAAAGCAAAUCUUGUCUCGCUAGCUGCAACGACGAUGCAGUGCUAUGCGCUGGAUCGCGCGCUGAGCAAGUGGUGCGACACAAAAUUCAUUGUUGAGGGCAAAGAACCAGCCCCUGCUGCGGAGUAA